AUGGCAAUUAAUGAAGGCCAAUUUCUACAAGAAGUUGCAUCUCAAAAACCGGCAAUUGCAGCAAUGCAAUUCCAAAUGUCUGAAUACCAAGGAGAGUUCCAACUGUCAACAAUAUUCAUGUCAACUCUACAAGUCAAUCCAAAUUGCAAAGGAGCUUUGAAACUUCAAAAGAUUACUACAAAGAAAAGUGAAAAUAUUGAAGCUGCAAUUUUGAAGAACAAGAUGGACUUGGCCGAGCACAUCCAACUCAAAAAUAUUAUUCAUCAACAACAUUCAUUGAAAGAGCAUGCUUUCUACACUUUCAAUGCAAUUGUUAAUGAUAUAGAGAACAAAGUCCAACCAUACUACAAUGCUUGCAAAGGAUGUAGCACAAAAAUUAUCAACUUCGAAGAAGAUGCAGAAUGUCCCAAAUGCAAUUAUCCAACAAAAGAUUUUACACCAAGGUACAAUAUAAGGAUGGAAGUUGUCGAUGGCCAAGAUGUAGCAACAAUAAUACUAUUUGACGACUUGGACAAGGACCAAUCAAAGUUGUAUAACAAAAUGAUUGCCGCAAAGCAAAAGGAGUUCAAGUUCCUCAUCAAACUUAAUAGAAUCGGCCACUACUCUCAUGGACAUCUAUCAAUGGUGGCAAUAGCAUUCAAGCAACUACCGAAUACAAACAAACAAGAAGAUGCCACUCCAUCUAUUGCAUCUGAACAACAUGCUCGGCAAAGCAUCAUAAAAGACAAGAAUUCAAAGGUGAUUGAAAUUGAAGAUGAUGCUCCACUACCGUCCUCCAAAACCAAAAAAGACAGAGUAAGAACUACCGCAUCCAAGCUCACAACUCAAUUGAAAAAGAAGAUAAAAGUUGAGAAAGAUUAA